AUCGCGCGGUCGCGCGCGGCGUACACGGGGAGUUCCGGCAGGAGAGACACACGCGAAUACGUUGUUCUUCGGGUUCUUCCUCUCUCUCCGUGGAGACGACGCUCCGGGAGCUGUCACGAGGGGCGAGCGAUCGCAUGGUUCUGGCGCGAUGCUGCCCACGCCACGCCGCGUCCCACGCUGAUAAUUGAAUCCCGUCACCGGCUCCCGACGAAUAUUCGCCGUCGGCUGGCAGAGACUCCACGACGAAGACCGCCCGCUCGUGCGUGCUCAUUGGCGCAGUCCUGUGAAUCCUGGUGGACGUGCACGUUAAGAGUCUGUCAUGACGACGUACAUGAAGGACAAGACGCAAUUCACGUUCGAGGACAAAUGGCCGUACAUGCGUCCGAUUAUUCUGAAGCUGCUCAAGCAGGAGCCAGUGACGCAGGGGGAAUGGCAGGAUUUGUUUUACUCCGUUCACGUAUGCCUGUGGGACGACAAGGGGCCUCCCAAGUUGCACGAAGCUUUGCACGAUGAUAUAAUGGAUUUUAUAAAACAAGCUCAACAGAGAGUUUUAGCGCAUCAAGAGGAACAGGCGUUGUUGAAAGCGUACAUUGCUGAGUGGAGGAAAUUUUUUACCCAAUGUAAUUAUUUACCGACGCCGUUUAGGCAACUAGAAACGUAUCUCGCAGGAAAAACUAGCACUGGGCAGAAGAAGAAUCAGCCCGACGACAUUGUUAGGAAGCUAAUGCUGGACAGUUGGAACCACAGUAUAUUUAAUGAGAUAAAGCAGAGACUCCAGGAUGUGGCCAUGAGAUUAGUACAGGCUGAGAGAAACGGCGAGGCGUUCGAUUCCCAGCUAGUUAUCGGCGUCAGAGAAUCCUAUGUGAACCUGUGCUCAAAUCCGAUGGACAAGCUUCAGAUAUAUAGGGAAAAUUUCGAGGCGGCUUAUAUACAGGCCACCGAGGCGUUCUACUGGAUGAAAGCGCAGGAGUAUCUGUCUAUGCAGGGGGUAGAAAAUUAUAUGCGCUACGCCGACUUGAAGCUGAGGGAGGAGGAGGCGCGCGCUCAGAAAUACUUGGAGCCGAAUACCGCGAGUAUGCAACGGUUAACGGACUGUUGCGUGAAGGUGUUGGUCGCGACCUUCAAGACGGCGAUACUCGCCGAGUGUCCGCACAUGAUACAACAUAAUCAAACUGACAAACUUCGCCUCAUGCUGAAACUAAUGGACAGAGUGCCCGACGGCGUGAUUCCUAUGCUGAGAAACUUGGAAGAACAUAUCGCGAGCGCGGGUCUAGCGGAUAUGAUGGCAGCUGUAGACGUUAUCACUCAAGAUUCCGAGAAAUACGUGGAAAGACUGUUAGAUCUUUUCCAUAGAUUUUCCACGCUCGUUAAAGAGGCGUUCGAUGAUGAUCCGCGGUUUCUUACAGCACGAGAUAAAGCUUAUAAGCUCGUUGUGAACGACGCCACGGUAUUUAAAUUAGAAUUGCCUACACGGCAGGGCUCUGGAAUCGGUGGCGCGUCCGUUCUAAAUAAUAGACCUAUUACUAAUAAUUCGAACGGACUAGCCGAGUCAAAGUGUCCGGAGCUCUUAGCAAAUUUCUGUGAUAUGCUUCUUAGAAAAACACCACUCAGUAAGAAACUAACUACUGACGAAAUCGAGAGUAAACUGAAGGAUGUGCUGUUGGUGCUAAAGUACGUUCAAAAUAAGGACGUAUUUAUGCGUUAUCAUAAGGCGCAUUUAACUAGACGGCUAAUAUUAGAUACGACAACGGAUUCGGAGAAGGAGGAAAAUAUGGUGGACAUGCUUCGCGAAGUCGGUAUGCCCGCGGACUUUGUUAAUAAAUUAGCUCGUAUGUUCCAAGAUAUUAAAGUGUCUCAGGACUUGAAUCAACAAUUUAAAGAACAAUGCCGAGCUGCUAUUGCGGAUAGCAUAAAUAUUAAGGUAACUAUUCUCAAUGCGGGUGCAUGGGCCAGGGGUAGCGAACGCGUCACCGUGAGUUUGCCGCUUCAGUUGGAAGAUUAUAUUCCGGAGGUCGAGGAAUUUUAUAAGAAAAAGCAUAGCGGGAGGAAGUUGCAGUGGCAUCAUCACAUGUCGAACGGCACGAUAACAUUUGCAAAUAAAGUGGGACGCUUCGAUAUAGACGUAACGACCUUCCAAAUGGCGGUGUUGUUCGCCUGGAAUCAACGACCCAACGAAAAGAUAUCCUACGAGAAUCUCCGGUUGGCCACCGAGCUUCCGGAUCCCGAGCUGAGACGGACUCUGUGGUCUUUGUGUGCCUUCCCGAAGUUAAAACGGCAACUUCUUUUGGUGGAACCACAUGCCACUACCCCGAAAGACUUUGCGAACGACACAAGAUUUUGGGUUAAUCAAGAAUUUGCGAUUGUAAAAAAUGGCAAGAUGCAAAAGCGGGGAAAAAUUAAUUUGAUAGGGCGUCUUCAAUUAUCAACGGAACGUAGCAGAGAAGAGGAUAAUCAAUCUAUCGUGCAACUCAGAAUAUUACGGGUUCAGGAAGCUAUCAUCAAAAUCUUAAAGAUGCGCAAGAAGAUCACUAACGCGCAACUACAGACCGAACUAGUGGAUAUAUUAAAAAAUAUGUUUUUACCGAGCAAAAAGAUGAUAAAGGAACAGAUCGAAUGGCUCAUCGAACACAAAUAUAUUCGGAGACACGACGAUGAUAUUAAUACGUUUGUGUACAUGGCAUAACACGGGAUUAUAUAUACAUGCGAGAUUGUUCGAGCUCUGUGGUUAAUAUUAUAUUUUUAUAAAAAAAAGAAGGAUUUAGUUUUCUGAUGAGGAUACGUUCGAGUCCGUCGCAUUGCGCGAUUAUGUUUUACCUCUUUUCUUACAGUGCAGCGAAAAGAAAGAGCCGACGAUGUACUGUUGCAUUCAGUCUUGAGAUAAGAAGUCUAUAGGAAAAGUUGCAAUCAUCUCCACUCGACAGUUUCUGAUUAUUGAACAUUAAUAAAGUGAAAUGUAUAGCAAAACUGGAGAAAGUGUCGCAAUAAUAAUAAGAGAGAUGUACAAUAUCGUACCACGAUAAAACUAGCAUUUACCGUUUAUUUUGGCAUUGAUCUAUAUUAAUCUAAUUAAAGAAGAGAAAGUCGAAUAUUAAAAUGAGAAUAAUAUGUAUAUACAUCGAUGGCAUUAUCGCUAUUUUAAUCGUUUGUACUUGCUAAAAAAAUAUUCCCGAAAUGUUUUUAUAUAUAUUUUUGUUCUCGAGUCCGUACUUCAACUAAAUUUAUGAAAAGCCUCCAUUGUACAUUAUCGACAUGCAGCAACAAUUUGGCACUAAAAGCGAUAGAUCCUUGCACAAAUCUGAACGAUAGUGCACGUAUAUAUGUAUGUUGCAUUAAAUUCAAUCGUAAACAAUAAAAUUCGCAUAUACUUGAAUAAAAUAUUAUAUAUAUGUAUACUAUAUAAUGUUUUACAUACGGAUUUACUCGUCACUAAUUAGAUGUGAAUUACUGGAGAACAUUCGUUCGGACAUUCUCUACACGGUGUAACACACUCUUGAUUUAACCCUAGAAUUUAUAAUCAAAUUUGCGGACGGCGUUCGAAGGAUGUUUAUAAUUUUCAUUCUCAGAAUACAUAUUAAAAAGCCCGACGGAUAACGUCGACGAAUGGCCUACAAUACUUCAAUGCGUGUAAGCAUAUAUACCUCGCAACACCAAACUUGAUUUUAACGGUGAUAGAAAUGCGUGCGUCUUUGUACGAUGAUUUUUUCUACAUCUGGAACAGCCACGAUGAUACGAAAUCGUCGGAAUAAGUCAGAAAAAGUAGUUAUUUAAGCAAAUAAUAACGACGGUUAUGUGUAUAAAGCUUUUAUAUAACUUCAAGUGAAAGACGAGUGUAAUGGUAUAAAAUCUCAAUGAUGAA